GAGCCUCAGUACAUACCUAUCCUGAUACACUGUUCCUCAGAUAUUUUCUAAGUCUUUGGGUGUUAACAAUGAGAGAUGUGACCUGAGAGGCCCAGUGUGGGACAUCAAAGCUGUGCAGCCAGGGAAUCUACAAAGGCUGAAGUUAUUGCCAGGAGUAAAUAAAUGCUUCAUAGCCUGCAAGUCAACACUGCUCUCUUGUGGCUACCAGCGGGAAUAGCAAUACUAUGGUGAUUUCAGCUCUCCGUCUCUACUUGAUGUUUGAAAGGGGACUGACAUCUCUGUGUUGUGAAAAUUCCUGGGAUCUCCAACACUUAGAAAGAGGUAGGGAGUGGCUUCAAGUAGAAGAUAUUAUACUUCUUGCUUAUUAGCCAUAUGGGGAUUUAAAUGAUUGAUUAAAAAAAUAAAAGGAAUAUAACAAUUUAUACUCUGAUUUUCUUUUCUUCAUUGACAUCCAAAAUAAAAAUCAAAUCAAUGACAUGAAUCAGGUAUUCAUAAGUGUAGAAUGUAUUUCAGUAUUUAAUAAGAAGUUACAUUAGCAAUAUUGGCUAAGGACUGUAUAUAACAAUAACAUUUAUUCCUUUCUUCAUCUACUCAACCAAAAAUUAGUUGAGUGCUUUGUGUGUCGUUAACAUGUUAGUAAUUAGCAUAGAUAGUUACCAAGAGGUAAACUACUUUUAGAGAAAUUAUGAUUAUAAUUUUGGGAAUUAUCAUUAUUCCCAAUUUUACAAUUGAGCAGAAAGGUAAAAAUACUAAUGGUCAUUGAACUAACAGAAUCAAGAGAGAAAUCAGGCAUGUUUGUUAACUAAAUCCAUUUUUUCUAUCACUUUGUCUAGGGAUUAAGAUAUAUUUUUAGACUUCCCCUGGACAGCUAUGUAGUUUUCUGAAGUUUUUGUGCUCCAGAUUACAGAUAGCAAAGACAGUGCACGUCAAAACCCACCAUAUAUAGAAUUAAUCAAAGCUAGUAAAGUUAGUUAUUACAACAAAGAUACCACAUUAAUUUAAUACAAAACUAGCUUACUUCUCAUCUAAACCCAUUCCAAUAUGGAGGCUUUGCUUCGUGUCAACAUUUAGGGCCUGAAGCAUCUUUCAUCUGUGGAUUCUCCAUGUAUUAAGCUCUCAGGGAUCUCCAACAGGUACUUCUGAAUCUGACUGACAUACAAGCAAAGAGAGAGAAUGUUCAAGAUCUUGUAGGAGGUUUUAGGGGCUCAAUCUGGGAAAGAUUUACAUCAUUUUUUCUAUCAUCCCAUUGGCCACAUUCCUCACAUAAAUCCAACUGCCUACAGGAGAGGCUGCAUGAUUGAACAUUCAUCUCUUAAAAAAAAUUUUUUUUUUAACAUCUAUUCAUUUUUUUUUUUUUUUGAGACGCAGAGACAGAGCGUGAGCAUGGGAGGGGCAGAGAGAGAGGGAGACACAGAAUCUGAAGCAGCCUCAGGCUGUGAGAUGACAGCACAGAGCCCAAUGUGGGGCUUGAACUAAAAAACCACGAGAUUGUGACCUGAGCUGAAGUUGGAUGCUUAACCGACCGAGCCACCCAGGUGCCCCUGAAUAUUCAUUAAAAUUUUUUUAAAACAUUUAUUUAUUUUUGAGAGACACAGAGAGACAGAGAAUGAGCAGGGGAGGGACAGAAAGAGAGGGAGACCGAGAAUCUGAAGCAGACUCCAGGCUCUAAGCUGUCAGCACAGAGCCCAAUACGGGGCUUGAACCCAUGAGCCGUGAGAUCGUGACCUGAGCCGAAGUCAGUUGCUCAGCCGACUGAGCCACCCAGGCGCCCCAUGAAUAUUCAUCUCUUAGGAGAAAUGAUACUAGAGAGACUCUUGCAUGUAAUAUAUACUUAACUUCUUCCCAAGGGAGACCACCCAAGCUCACAUGCAGUCACUGUGUGCCACACAAAGUCCAAGAUCUUGAGCAGUGUCUUCUCCAUCAGGUCCUGAUGUGAUUCCUCACAGGCCAUUUUCCUCCUCCUACCACAUAUGUAAUGGUGGAGCAGACACUGGUACCAGUCAUUAAGAUUCCCAGCUGGAAGCGAGGCAUGAAAUUCAUUUAGCAGGAACUUGUUCAUGGUAAUGCUGGAAUAUUUUGGGGGCAGACACUGCAACAUUUUUACCCACUGAAGUGGUGGAAGUUCCCUAACUAGACACUGGUUAUGUUCUCUGGGUGAAACUCUCCAUUGUAUCUACAACCUCUAGUUCUGUCUUUGAGGGGUUACGUCUUCAUCAUUGUUCUCCAUGGCAUUGUAUCACACAGGCAUUGGAAUGUGUGACUUCUUUUGCAUUACUGCUUUUGGAGGCUGCUUCUAGCUCAUAAAAUAUUAAGAUCAAUAAUUGUAUUAAUUCUUGGUAAAAAAACUUUCUUUAAAAGCCAAGCUCAGGUAUCUUUGGCAAUAAACAUCCUCAAAAAACAAACAGGUGUCUGAUCUAGUUGUAUCAGGGCAGUUCCAUGGACUAGUAAUCACACCCACAUAUUUUCCUAAGCAUAAUUUAAAAUUUUUCUUUUGUUUCCUUAUUGUCUUUUCCAUGCCACUCCUUUGUAGGUAAUGGUGUCUAUCUAAAGCCAUUGGACAUGAGUAAGACAACUGUACACAUAAUCUACUCUCUUCUCAGUGCUGGUUUCUAUGAGUCUUUGUUUUUUAAAGACAAUCUAAAACCUUCUCUGAAACUUUGACCUUCCAAGCAGUAGGACGGUUCUUCAAAACUCCACAUCUAUGGACUGUCUCUAUCAACAGUAAUAUAUGCUUGAAGACUGGCCAACUUUCUGCUAAGGUCAUCUACUUACCAUAAUAACUUGUCAAUGGGAUCAACAAUUGCAAGCACAUACAAUUAUUGUCAAUUGUUCCAACCUUUCCCCUAGAAUUACCAUUUAGUAGCCAUGUCAGCUUUCCUUGUUGUGUAAUAUUUCUAGUAUUGGAGGUCAGUUUCCUCAUUGUCUGAAGCAUUACUCAGGAUCACUUGCCAGCUGUUGAAAUGAACAAUUCCAAUGUGUCAGUGGUUUAACACAUACAACUUUAUUUUUGACAACAUCCAUUCAAUGCAUGUGGAGGGAGGCUCUCUUCCAUGCUGUCUUUUAGGGACCUAGCUUCCUCCAUUGUAUGAUUCCAUCUUUUCUAGGGCUUCAUGUUUUUAGUGGAUUACGUGCAACUGGCCAGAGGUGAGGCACACCAAGGAGGCUAUAAAGGUUGUACCUGGAAGAGGUACAUGCUAUCUUUUUGGCCAGGCUCAGUUGUAUAGCCCCAUCUAACUAUAGGUGAUCCUGGAAAAUGUAAAUUUAUCUGUGCAUCUGAGAGGAGGAAGAACUCUAGUAAACUUAGCCUUGUCUCUGUCAUUUAUAUACAUUGAUAGUCGGCUGAACUCCAAGCUGUGUAGUGAGAAGGGUGAGAGUGGUAGGAGACCUCUGGAGAUCUUGUGGCUCUUCUGGUCUCUCUGAGACAUUGUCAGCCCUAGAGCCUGGUCUGCUGUUUGUUUGCCUCCACCAGAAGCCUCGUUAAGUAGAUCAUCAGGUUUUAUUUUAGGCUCAUAAAGAGAAGAAAAGAGGACCUUUGAGGUCCCUUGCAUGUUUUCCAGUCACCCCCAUAUCAGUGGUAUGAAUGAAGAAAGGGACCUUGAUAUGCUGGAUCAGUGGAUAGGUACAGGGAUUGGAAUACCCACGCCUCCAGAUCCAGUCCUCAGGACUGGACUGUCCAAACAUAUUCCUGAAAACUGCCCUGAGAUUUACUAGGAUGAUAUCAGGAGCCUGACAUGGGACUCAAAUGAGCAGGGCAUUUUCUGCUCAGUCCUUGAGUUUAUGCAGAGUUCUUGUGGCCUGUCAAGAGACAUUGCUGUUAGGACACAGGGGGAGGGGGACCUGAUGAGUUAAUAUUCCAGGGAAGGAUAGACUUUGGUGGAUUUCCUCCACAAAGUUACUAAAUUUAUUGUCUUUACUUGGAUGUUUAUAAUAGAAUUAAGAACUGUGUCCUGUUUGAGAAAGAGGCUGCGAGUUUCCUUAGACCUGUGCUUGCUUCUGAAAAAGUAAAUAUUGAUUUGUCUGUAGAUGGAGCCAAAAGAAGUCUGUUUAUGGUCCAUGUGCUGUGCUUCCACAGAGCUGGGUGAGAGCAGUUUCCUUGACUUCCAGGCGUGCUACUGACUUUGGAGGAGUCUGAGGAAGUCUGUACAUUGUUUGUCCAGUCAACCACUAUCAGCUAGAACAUUUUUCUGAGACUGUAAGAUUGCAUUUCUCUACAUGUCUUUUUCCUAUUGUGGGGCAGAUACUGCCUUGGUUAGUGUCAUCACCUUCACUUUCCUUUUGUACCAGCAUCUUUUUUUCUCAGCCAAAGGAAUUACAUAGUUCACCUAUCCCCCUCCCCAUCCUGCAGCCACUAGCUUUUCUCCAUAUUUGAGUCUAUUUCUCUUUUAUUGUUGUUUGUUUGUUCAUUCAUUUGUUUUGUUUUUUUAGAUUCCACAUAUAAAUGAAAUCAUAUUGUAUUUAUCUUUCCCUAUAUGACUCAUUUCACUUAGUAUAAUACUAAGUCCGUCCAUAUUGUCACCAAUUGCAAGAUUUCAUUCUUUUCAAAGGCUAAGUAAUAUUCUAUUGUAUAUAUAAUAUAUAUACCACAUCUUCCUUAUCUAUUUGUCUAUCAGUGCACAUUUAAGUUGCUAUCAUAUCUUGGAUAUUGUAAAUAAUGCUGCAAUAAACAUAUGGGUGCCAUAAUCUUUUUGAAUUUUAGUGUUUUUGUUUUCCUUGGGUAAAUACCCAGAAGUGGAAUUAUUAAAUUAUAUGGUAUUUCUAUUUUAAUUUUUUUAACACCUUGCAUAAUGUUUUGUACAGUGGCUGUGCCAAUUUACAUUCCCACCAACAUGAGGAUUCCUUUUUUCUCUAUCCUUCCAGACACUUGUUAUUUCUUGUCUUUUUGAUACUAGCCAUUCUGGUUGGCGUGAGGUGAUAUCUCAUUGUGGUUCUGAUUUAUAUUUUCUUGAUUAUUAGUGACGUUGAGCAUCUUUUUAUGUGUCUGUUGGCUAUCUGUAUGCAUUUUUUGAAAAACUGUCUAGGCAGAUCCUCUGCCCAUUAAAAAAAUUUUUUUUAAUGUUUUAUUUAUUUUUGGGACAGAGAGAGACAGAGCAUGAAUGGGGGAGGGGCAGAGAGAGAGGGAGACACAGAAUCCGAAGCAGGCUCCAGGCUCUGAGCUAUCAGCACAGAUCCCGAUGCGGGGCUCGAACUCACGGACCGUGAGAUCAUGACCUGAGCUGAAGUCGGAUGCUUAACCGACCGAGCCACCCAGGCACCCCAAGAAGUGGUUUAUAUAUACAAUGGAAUACUACUUGGCAAUGAGAAAGAAUGAAAUAUGGCCUUUUGUAGCAACGUGGAUGGAACUGGAGAGUGUUAUGCUAAGUGAAAUAGGUCAUACAGAGAAAGACAGAUACCAUAUGUUUUCACUCUUUUGUGGAUCCUGAGAAACUUAACAGAAGACCAUGGGGGAAGGGAAGGGGAAAAAAAGUUACAGAGAGGGAAGGAGGCAAACCAUAAGAGACUCUUAAAAGCUGAGAAUAAACUGAGGGUUGAUGGGGAGUUGGAGGGAAGGUAAAGUGGGUGAUGGGCAUUAGGGAGGGCACCUGUUGAGAUGAACACUGGGUGUUGUAUGGAAACCAAUUUGACAAUAAAUUUCAUAUUAAAAAUAAAUAAAUAAAAAUAAAAAAAUUAAAAAAAAGAAUUUGAAGUCUUAAAUAGCCCUAACAUUAUCUACAUAUUAAAUUUUAGAUACAUUUUGAGUCAAAAUAAAAAUUAAUGCUCAAAAAAAAAAAUAAAGAUGGUUUCCUUCAAUGUGCAAAAGAUUUGUAGUCCCUGUUUAUUUUUACACUUGUUUCCCUGGCGUAGGCAUAUAUAUAUCCAGGAACAUAUUGCUGAUGUUAGUGUACAAGAGAUUAAUGCCUAUGUUCUUUGGUAGUAGUUUUAUGCUUUUACAUAAAAGGUUUUUAAACCAUUUUGAUUAUAGUUUUGUGUAUGAUGUAAGAAAGUGGUCCACUUUUUUUUUUUUUUUUUGCAAUAGUUGUCCUAUUUAUUGAAGAUACUGUCUUUCCCUGUGGUAUAUUUUUACUUCUUUUGUUGUAUAUUAAUUGACCAUAUAAACAUGGGUUUAUUUCUGGGCUCUCAAAUCUAUUUUUUUUUUUAAAUCUGCACACAUUUGCUAACAUUCCAAAACCCUAAAGAUGAAGUCUUCUGAAUAGAUCAAAAGAGAUGAUUCAUUACCUUCAAAGGAAUACCAAUUGAGCGGUCAUAUACUUAUCAAUAGCAACAAAAGAUAUCAGAAAGCUGUGUAAAUAUACAUACAGUAUAGAUAUAACAUAUAUAAUAUACUAUUCAAUUUGUAUGUAUAUAAAAUACUUGUUAAUAUUCAUGUUUUUACCCAGUUAAAUUGUCACUAAAAAAAAAACAAAACUGCUUGAAUUUAAAAAAUAGAGAAAUAUUUUUGAAAGUACUGAAAAGUUAAGGAAAGGUCAAAAUCUAGAAGGUAAAAACUGAGAGAGAGAGCCAGGGUUUAAAGCUACUUCUGCUCUGAGGACUUCAAAUCCUGAAGAAAUCAUUGUGAAAUGGAGCAAAAAAUGGCAAUUUUCUGGUUUGAGGAGACAAAACUCAAGGCCUGGGACCCACUAAGAAUAGGGUCUGAUAACUAUCCACCCACACACAUUCCAAACUGGACCUUGGGAUGUAUUCUCGGGGUUGUUGAACUAAAGUUCAUCAGUCUUUGUGUUAACUGGUAGCUCUUAAUUUGAUUAGAUCUACAAAGAUCUUAUUCCUGUAUAAGGUCACACUCACAGGUACCUGAGGGUUAGGACUUUAAUAUAUCAUUUUGGGGGACACAUUAAAAUCCAAAACAUGUAUUUUUUAAUUCCUUAUUGGGAAUUGGUAACUAUAGUUGUUGCCUUUUGUAAUAAGUAUCUCAUUAGGUUGUUAUAAGCAUUAAAUGAAAAAUCAGGUAAUAUUCAGAGUAAUAUGACACAUUAAGAACUCUGAAGAUUUGUUUUUAUUGUUACAAGCAUUAUCCUUGGUGUGGCUGUAUGUAAAGUCUUGGUUUCCCUCUCUAAAGUGGAAGAAACCAUUCCUUGAUGUACAUAUUUCAAAUAUGUAGUGCUUUGUCAAAGUAGGGUAAAAGUGUUUGUUCAAUGAAAAAGUAAAAGUAAUUUUUAUCCUUGCAACAAAUCUGUUUUGGAAAGUUUGGUAUGCCUAUAUUUCAGGUAAGGAUAUUGUUGUUCUGAGAGCUAAUGAAAUUUCUUCAAGGAAAAGUAACCAGAAAAGGGUUCAAACGUAAGAAACGUAGAACAAGGGUUCAAACGUAAGCUUCCAAUGAUCCUUCCCAAUAUCCCUAUAAUCUGACAAUGAAGAGGGAUUAUUAAUUUAUAAGAAACUCAGGGACCAGGGUGUUUUGCCUAGAGGAAAUGGUAUUCUCUAGCAACAUUCUUUCAUUGAACGAUAAUUCAGUAAUGAAAGAGUUUUCUUCAUUUAGCACAUCUAUCAACUCUAUUUGAUGCUGACAAGUUCCUUGGCAAUUUCCCCAGGACCUUCAGGAAGCAAGGCAGAGGUGGGACCAGGAGAGUAGUUAGUGCAUGUAGGGAACAAGAUUAUUUUCCAGGUACAUUCCUGCCCUGAUGUCUUCUUCAGCAGUUUGGGGUAGGAAAGUGUGAGACCUAGAACCAGACUCCACUUGCUCUCCUCUCUCCAAGAUUCCUGUGUCCCAAACCCCAAAGAUCCUACAUUUAGCUGGAAAGUCCCUAUCCUAAGACGCAUAUGGGAAGGUCCACAGGAGAGGCUAUUUUCUAAGUCCUACUGUGCAUCAAUGCAAAGAGGUGGCUGCACUGGUGGAAGUUUCACUUGUUCCCCAAGGAAGCAAUGCCAAGUGUUGCCCUGUGGAAGGUGAAGAGUGUUAACAGUUGAACUUUCUGCAACCAUACUUAUGCGACAGAGUUUAAACCAAGCACAGCCAUGAAGGUAAAAUCUUGGCCAUGAGACCACAUGUGUGUAAACAGGACCCCUCCCAGGGAUGUGCUUGUGUCAAGACCACUGGUGCUCCCACUGCAGGAAAGGGGCUCACAGGGAAAGUGCUCCUUUGCCCCUGGUUGCCCAUGGUCCAUGCUCCUCUGAGGCCCACGCUCCUUUGAUUUCUGGGGAUGUUCCUCUGUCACCUCCUCCAUGGAGUUAUAGGGCUGAGGAGAGUUUACUCACUUCUUCCCCUCAGGUGCAUCCGUAUACAUUUUCCCUGAGAAGAUUCUCAUCAUGCAGUUUCCUUACCCUUCUUUUCCCAGAGCUUCUUUAUUUAGACUCCCCAAGAGCCCCCUGCCCUUACUUUAUUGAAAAUGCUGAAUGAAGCCUUUUACAAUACGUUCUCUUGGGAAAUAGACCAUAGGGCCUGAGGGCCCAAGUGUUUAACAAGAGCACCAACUCUGGUGAGCAAUGGAAAGAGAGGGGGCACAGUGGAGCCAGAGUUCAUAAAACCAGCCUCCAGAACUCAUGGAGGGGUCAGUUUAGUGCUUUCUCUGGCAGCCAGAAACAGCAGCAGUGCAGCUUUCUGAAACUGGUGAGUCUCAAACUGGACCAAGCAGGAAAACUGUGAGGAAGGAGAUCAUGAGAGGAGAGAGAAAUCCAGGAACCUAGUACAUAAAGGAAAAGGAACUCUUUCAAUAGGGUCUGGUGUACAUGCUGACCCUGCUAAGAUGCUUAGAUCUGGUGUAAGGCUGAGUGGCAGGGACUGACCUCAUGCUGUUAUUUCAUUCAGGGAUGAGGCUGAGUCAUUUUGUGUCCAUAAGGGUUUGCAAACUUCCGUAGACUCCAAGGCCCCUUCCCAUAUCAUGGCUGGGUGACCAAGGCCCUGUGCCUGGCUGGGUGAGAAUCUUCCUUUCUGUCCUCAUCUAAAUUCAUCUAUGAGUCAAGGUGGUCACUCCGUUUUCCAGUCUUGGCUUGAGUCUUCUCUUGUAGUUUUGUUUAUUCAAGACUUGUCUGACCUUUACAGACUGUCAGUAUAUCAUCAUCACAGACCAUGUUUGGUCAAUAGUACUUAGCACAAGGAUCACCCCUUUGUAAAUGUCAGUCCAUCAGUACUGGAACUGGAUACUGAAUAUCAGAACAAUGUCCCAGAUGCCCAACAAGUCCUCAUUGCUCACAUUAGGAGGCCUCAGUUUCACUGAGGAGAAUACAGAAAGAGAGGAAAAAUGGUCCCAGCUCUUAUGGAAUUUACUAAAACAGAGCCAAAAGUAUGUUGCUACCUGGGAGAAAAUACCAGUGUUAUAGGAGGUCUGAAAAGGACAUUUUUCCCUGUAUCACUAAAAGGUGCUUGGCAACAUUCUGGACUCCAGUCUCUCUGCCUGCUCAUCCUUUCUUUCACUAAAUCCUGUAGUUCUCCCCACACCUCGAAUACAUCCUUCUUCUCCACCUACAUGGCCUGCAUUCAGAUCUUCAUCACUUUUCCUUUGUACUGUUCAGGACUCUCUGAAAGCCUCCCUCCCUGCUGUGUGAUUCCCUGUGUCCCAUCUACAGCACAUCACUUCCCUGUUUCAAGUUCUCUGUGCUUCCUUACAGUGUAUGUGAUAAUGCCUGCCCUCAGGUGGACCUCACAGGGCUGCCCCUGCACACCUUAACCAUGUCUCCUGACCCUCUGCUCUCCUGCUUGCUUCCCCCAAAGAACUUAGGAUCUAUCACCCCCUAGCACCUCACCUCCAAUCAUACUGAUCAUCCACAUUGAUGUUUCUUCUCUUACCAUUCCCUACACAGAGAGUCCUUCUUCUCCCCCAGGUGGAUUUGCCUCAUUUUUGUAUCCUUCUCUGAUGCUCUCAACUCCUUGUGUCUCUGGGCCUAACAGGACCUCAGGAGAUCAUAGCCCCUUUUUCUCUCCACAACAUCUGAAGUUAAAUAUCAUUUAUCUGUUUCAUAAAUGAGGGAUGUAUAUGUCAUAGAGUUUAAAUUUUUGUAAUGUUUAUUCGAGAGAGAGAGAGAGAGAGAGAGCAAGCAUGAAUGGGGGAGGGGCAGAGAGGGAGAGGGGGAAACAGAAUCUGAAGCUGGCUCUCAUCUCUGAACUAUCAGCACAGAACCUGAUGUGAGCUCAAAGUCUGAACCAUGAGAUCAUGUCCUGAGCUGAAGUCACUUGCUUAACCGACUGAGCCACCCAGGCGCCCCUAUCAUAGAGUUUAAAUAGCUCACAGAAUCAUACAAUGAGUAUAAGAGCCAGACUUGGAAUUCACUUGUCGGAGGCCAACUUUGAACCAUAUCACAUUGCUUCAUUCAUCUGUGCUUUUGUCUCUUUCCCACUGUUUGUAAGAUCAACUUUAUUAGAGUCACAACUAUAAUGUCUUAAAAGGGUUGUUAAGUCAAUUUUCCUCUAUUAAUUAGGAUACCAGUGUUAGGUUAAUCCAUGCCAUACAUUUGUAUGCGUAAUAUUAAGACCAGGUACAGGGAAGGCACUGAGUAUUUUCUUGCUUAUUCAAGUAGAGUGGGUCACUCUGAGGAUAUAGAACUUGAGGUUCAUGGAAAGGACAAGCAUUUUCUAAAAAUAUAACUAUGUUUUCUUUCCUUUUUAAAUUUCUUUUGUUUUAAUUUUUUAAUGUUUAUUUAUUUUCGAUGGGGGAGGGGCAGAGAGAGAGGGAGAUGCAGAAUCAGAAGCAGGGUCUGAGCUGUCAGCACAGAGCUUGACAUGGGGCUUGAACCCACAAACUGUGAGAUCAUGACCUGAGCUGAAGUCAGAUGCUUAACUGACUGAGCCACCCAGGUGCCCCAAUCCUUCUUAAAUUUCUGAUUCACAUUGAGAGUCAUUUUCCUAAUCCCAUAUGAAAAUGAAGGACAGAACUGAUACAUAAUUGUUCCUUCUAUAGUUUUAGCUCCUGAAUCCUUGGCUUCUUUUAAAGCCCUAUAAUCAGUAGAAAGUGUGUGUGUGUGUGUGUGUGUGUGUGUGUAUUAUAUAAUCUACAUUUGGAAAGUCUGGGAUUCUUGGAGUGAAAUUCCUUGGAUUUUAUAUUCUUUGGCAGCUAGUCUAACACCUUCUCUCACACAAUUUAUUCUUUCUGAAGAUAUUUGUCAUAAAAGGACAGAUGAGUAGGGUCAAUAAUCCCACUUGAUUAUAUUGAUUAUUUGCUGCCUGAGCUCGCUCUUUUAGUCUGUCUUUACUAGCUGACUCUCUUCUGCUUCUUUGGCUAUGACAGCCCUUACUGUCAGUCUUCUUAGUACUUGGCCACUCUGUUCUUUGUUUAGUAGUGAGGUAAAUAAGAUGGUACCCAACAAAAGAAACAAAAAAUCAAAGUAUAUGAGCAUACAGAUCAUAGAUUCCAUAUGGAUAGGAUAAUUGGAUUUUGGCUAUAAGGAAUCACAGACAAUGCUGCUUACCAGAUAAAUAGAUCCUGUAUAAGUUUAUAUACUUGAACCAUACUUAUUUAUCUAGCUCAUAAUCUACCUUUGGUGAACCUACUGGUGUAUCCUCAGUACACCAAAAUAUGAAAUACAUAGGCGUUUCUUUUUAAAAAUUUUUUAAAACAUUUAUUUACUUUUGAGAGACAGAGAGAUAUAGAGCUUGAGAGGGGUAGGGGCAGAGAGAGAGGGAGACACAGAAUCCAAAGCAGGCUCCAGGCUCCAGGCUCCAAGCACAGAGCCCAACACAGGGCUUGAACUCACAAAUGGUGAGAUCAUGACCUGAACCCAAGUCAGACUCUUAAUGUACCCCUGAAACUGUAAGACUUUUCUAAGGAAUCCAAACAAAAGAAAGCACUCUUGAGAGCACAAAGCACGAAGAGAAACACAGGAAAUAACCUAGUAAGAGUGAUAAACACUGUGCUUUUAAAAGUGAAAUCCUGGGGCAUCUGGGUGGCUCAGUUGGUUCAAUGUGGGACUCUUGCUUUCGGCUCAGGUCAUUAUCUUAUGAUUUGUGGGUUCGAGCCCUGCAUUGGGCUCCAUGCUAGAUGUGAGGCCUACUUGGAAUUCUCUCUCCCUCUGUCUCUGCUCUUCCCCCACUCCUGUGCAUUCUCUCUCUGUCUCGAAAUAAAUAAAUAAACUUAAAAAAAAAGUGAAAUCCUGUUUGGUACUAGAAGAUAUUAUUCUUCUUGGGUGGAGUCAAGGGAUGCCCUACCUCCAUUCCAAUGUUUCCUAAAGAAUAAAAAUUGGAAACCCUGAAGUCAGGCCCUGUCCAAGUAUAUGGAUUAGGGGGCUGGGCUUUUCUAGGACCUCCAUGUAUUCUGCUGAACAGAGCUCUCCAUAAGCUAGUCCUAAACUCUGAAGGAAAGUGGAGCUUAGUAAGUAAUUGUGCUUGUUGAGGCUAAACAAUGUAUAGUGGCUGCAAGCAGAGACUUUAGAGUCUGACUCUUUUGUCACAGACUUGGCUUCAGUACUUACUGGAUGUAUAAUUUUUAUCAAAAAAGUUUGCCCCUCUUUGUUCCUUUUAAUUAUCUGGAAAAUUAGGAUAACAAUAUUAUUACUCUUAAGUGUUUAUUUAAAGGAUUAAAUGUGCUAAUGAAUAUAAACAUUCGGCGUAAUGUGUAGCACAUGGUAACUGUUCAGUUAAUGUCAGCAAAUAUUGAUAUGGUGAUGAUGAUGAUGAUGGUGAUGAUAUUGAUUAUUCAAAAACUUCAUUGAGAUAGGUUAAGAGACCCAUGGAAACCUGAAUUUUACUACAUAUAGAACACAUAUUUUCUAUGUUAAUGUAUUUUGUCCUACAUUUUAAGGGACUCUGGAUUUUUAACUUGUACAGAAUACUUUACAUGGCCUCAUCCAGCAACUACUCCACUGCUCCAGUCUCCGAAUUCCUCCUCAUCUGCUUCCCUAACUACCAGAGUUGGCAGCAUUGGCUGUCUCUGCCCCUCAGCCUCCUUUUCCUCCUGGCCAUGGGGGCCAACGCCACCCUCCUGCUCACCAUCCAGCUGGAGGCCUCUCUGCACGAGCCCAUGUACUACCUGCUCAGCCUCCUCUCCCUGCUGGACAUCGUGCUCUGCCUGACUGUCAUCCCCAAGGUCCUGGCCAUCUUCUGGUUUGACCUCAGGUCCAUCAGCUUCUCUGCCUGCUUCCUCCAGAUGUUCAUCAUGAAUUGCUUCCUUGCCAUGGAGUCCUGCACAUUCAUGGUCAUGGCCUAUGACCGCUAUGUGGCCAUUUGCCACCCACUACGAUACCCAUCCAUAAUCACCGACCAUUUUGUGGUUAGAGCUACCAUAUUUGUUGUGGCCCGGAAUGGCCUCUUUUUCCUUCCUGUUCCAGUCCUUUCUUCCCGACUCAGAUAUUGUGCAGGGAACAUCAUCAAGAACUGCAUCUGCACUAACCUGUCUGUGUCCAAACUCUCCUGUGAUGAUAUCACCUUCAACCGGCUCUACCAGUUUGUGGCAGGCUGGACCCUCCUGGGCUCUGACCUCAUCCUUAUUGUUCUCUCCUACUCCUUCAUCCUGAAAGCUGUGCUAAGGAUCAAGGCUGAGGGUGCUGCGGCCAAGGCCCUGAGCACGUGCGGUUCCCACUUCAUCCUCAUCCUCUUCUUCAGCACCGUCCUGCUGGUUCUGGUCAUCACUAACCUGGCCAGGAAGAGAAUUCCCCCAGAUGUCCCCAUCCUGCUCAACAUCCUGCACCACCUCAUCCCCCCAGCUCUGAACCCCAUUGUUUAUGGUGUGAGGACCAAAGAGAUCAAGCAGGGAAUCCAGAAACUACUGAGAAGGUUGUAAGAGGUAAAAUGGAUAACAACUAACCCAGGGAAUAGAAAUUGAUAAUGGGUAAUUGUAUUUAUGAUGCAUAGGGACUUUAUAUUUUUUUAAUUUUAUUUUUAAUUUUUUAAAAUUUACAUCCAAAUUAGUUAGCGUAUAGUGAAACAAUGAUUUCAGGAGUAGAUUCCUUAAUGCUCCUGACCCAUUUAGCCCAUCCCCCCUCCCACAACCCCUCCAGUAACCAUCAGUUUGUUCUCCAUAUCUAUGGGGGUCUUCUGUUUUGUCCCCCUCCCUGUUUUUAUAUUAUUUUUGUUUCCCUUCCCUUACAUUCAUCUGUUUUGUCUCUUAAAGUCCUCAUAUGAGUGAAGUCAUAUGAUUUUUGUCUUUCUCUGACUAAUUUCACUUAGUAUAAUACCCUCCAGUUCCAUCCAUGUAGUUGCUAAUGGCAAGAUUUCAUAUGUUUGAUAGCCGAGUAAUAUCCCAUUCUAUAUAUAUACCACAUCUUCUUUAUUCAUCCAUUGAUGGACAUUUGGGCUCUUUCCAUACUUUGGCUCUUGUUGAUAGCGCUGCUAUAAACAUGGGGGUGCAUGUGUCCCUUCAAAACAGCCACUUGUAUCCUGUGGAUAAAUGCCUAGUAGUGCCAUUGCUGGGUCGUAGGGUAGUUCUAUUUUUAGUUUUUUUUGAGGAACCUCCAUACUCUUUUCCAGAGUGGCUGCACCAGCUUGCAUUCCCACCAACAAUGCAAAAGAGAUCCUCUUUCUCUGCAUCUUCGCCAACAUCUGUUUUUGCCUGAGUUGUUAAUGUUAGUCAUUCUGACAGGUGUGAGGUGGUAUCUCAUUGUGGUUUUGAUUUGUAUUUCCCUGAUGAUGAGAGAUGUUGAACAUUUUUUCAUGUGUCGGUUGGCCAUCUGGAUGUCUUCCUUGCAGAAGUGUCCAUUCAUGUCUUUUGCCCAUUUCUUCACUAGAUUAUUUGUUUUUUGGGUGUUGAGUUCGAUAAGUUCUUUAUAGAUUUUGGAUACUAACCCUUUAUCUGAUAUGUCAUUUGCAAAUAUCUUCUCCCAUUCUGUGGGUUGCCUUUUAGUUUUGCAGAUUGUUUCCUUUUCUGUGCAGAAGAUUUUAAUUUUGAUGAGUAGUUCAUUUUAGCUUUUGUUUCCCUUGCCUCCAGAGAUGUGUUGAGUAAGAAGUUGCUGUGGCCAAGGUCAAAGAGGUUUUUGCCUGCUUUCUCCUCAAGGGUCUUGAUGGCUUCCUGUCUUACAUUGAGGUCUUUCAUCCAUUUUGAGUUUAUUUUUGUGUAUGAUGUAAGAAAGUGGUUCAGGUUCAUUCUUCUGCAUGUCGCUCUCCAGUUUUCCCAGCACCACUUGCUGAAGACACUGUCUUUAUUCCAUUGGAUAUUCUUUCCUGCUUUGUCAAAGAUUAGUUGGCCAUACGUUUGUGGGUCCAUUUCUGGGUUCUCUAUUCUGUUCCAUUGAUCUGAGUGUCUGUUCUUGUGCCAGUACCAUACUGUCUUGAUGAUUACAGCUUGGUAGUAUAGCUUGAAGUCUG